CCCCGGCACCCGCAGAAAACCCUCGCCCAUCUGGAGGGACCAGCAGGUAGCCUGGAGGAAUGCCUGCUGCUGAUCCGCUGACGCAGGGUCCUCGCCCCGCCCGCAGAGCAUGGGGACCCCGCGUGUCCCCGCGCGGACCGUCCUCUUCCAGCGCGAGCGCACCGGCCUGACCUACCGCGUGCCCGCGCUGCUGCUGGUGACCCCCGGGCCCUCCCUGCUGGCCUUCGCGGAGCAGAGGCUCAGCCCCGACGACGCCCACGCCCACCGUCUGGUGCAGAGGACCGGCGCGCUGGCCGGGGGCUCCGUGCGGUGGGGCGCCCCGCGCGUGCUGGGGACGGCGGCCCUGGACGAGCACCGCUCCAUGAACCCCUGCCCGGUGCACGAUGAGCGCACGGCCACGGUCUUCCUCUUCUUCAUCGCCGUGCGUGGCCGCACCCCCGAGGCCGCGCAGAUCGCCGCGGGCAGGAACGCCGCGCGCCUCUGCUGCGUGACCAGCCGGGACGCGGGGCGCAGCUGGGGCGGCGCGCGGGACCUCACGGCGGAGGCGGUGGGCAGCGCUGAGCAGGACUGGGCCACGUUUGCCGUGGGGCCUGGCCACGGCGUGCAGUUGCGCUCUGGCCGUCUGCUGGUGCCGGCCUACACCUACCAUGUGGUCCGGCGGGAGUGCUUCGGCCGGAUCUGCAGGACCCGCCCCCAGUCCUUCGCCUUCUACAGCGACGACCACGGCCGCACCUGGCAGCGUGGGGGCCUCAUGCCCAGCCUGCGCUCGGGCGAGUGCCAGCUGGCCGCGGUGGACGGCGGGCAGGCCGGCGGCGUCCUCUACUGCAACGCUCGGAGCCCCCUGGGCAGCCGCGUGCAGGCCCUCAGCGUCGACGAGGGCACCUCCUUCCUGCCCGGGGAGCUGGUGCCUGCCCUGGCUGAGACCGCCCGGGGCUGCCAGGGCAGCAUCGUGGGCUUCCCGGCCCCGCCCGCCAGUGGGUGGAGGGAUGAGGGGCGGUCCGCGGGCACCAGCAACCCCCUCUGCCUUCCACGCCUCUGUUCUGGGGCCAGGGAGGCCCCAGAGGAGGGCACUGGAGACACCGGUGGGGGCGGGGGCCUGGGUGGGACGGAGGGCUGUGGCGACGGCCCCGGGGAGCCUGGCGAGAACUGGGGCUCCUGGGCCUCAGCGCUCCCGGGACCCCCUGCAGCCUUGUCUCAGAGCCCCACGUGGUUGCUGUACUCCCACCCGGUGGGGCGCAGGGCGCGGCUCCACAUGGGCAUCCGCCUGAGCCGGUCCCCGCUGGACCCCCACAGCUGGACGGAGCCUUGGGUCAUUCACCAGGGCCCCAGUGGCUACUCGGACCUGGCAUCCAUCGGGCCUGCCCCUGGGGGCGCGCCGACCUUCGCCUGUCUGUUCGAGAGUGGGGCCAGGGUCUCCUACGAGGAGAUCUCCUUCUGCCUGUUUUCCCUGCAGGAGGUCCUGGAGAACGUGAGGCGGGGCAGGGUGCACCCCGGGCCUGGAGACAAGCCUGCGGGGCGCUGCCAGCCCUCCUGAUGAGUCCCUGGCUGGGUCCGGCCCUGGUGCCCAGCAGGGGCAGGGUGGAGGG